GAUGCAGGUCUGGUGGGUUUGUCACUGACCUAUGCCAUGAACAUGCUGGGGCUAUUCCAGUGGUCAGUGAGGCAGUCUGCAGAUGUGGAAACUCAGAUGACAUCAGUAGAAAAAACUCUUGCCUACACAUCCCUGGUGACAGAAGACACUGAGCCAGACACACCAAGUCUUAUGCCGUCUAACUGGCCACAGUACGGUAUAAUAACAUAUGAAGGGGUCUCUGUCAACCACAACAAUGACAACACCAAGGCUUUGAGGAAUGCAUGGUGCUGUAUACGUGCUCACGAAAUGGUAGGGAUUGUUGGCAAAGCUGGUGCUGGCAAGAAAACCUUCCUCUCGGCUCUACUGGGGCUUGUUCCAUCUUCCGGCACCAUCAGAAUAGAUGGCAUUAACAUCCAUGAAAUACCACUUCCAAAGCUCAGGGAAAGCAUAGCUGUUAUUCCAGAGAAUCCAGUAUUGUUUUAUGGCACUGUGCGAGACAACAUAGAUCCACAUGGAGAUUUUACUGAUGAACACAUUUGGAAAAUGUUGGACGAGGUGCAUUUAAAAGAAAAAGUUCUGAUGUUGCCAGAGAACCUGUACACAGAGACGUGUGCGGACAACCCCUGUGGUUUCAGUACAUCACAGCUCCAGUUAGUUUGUGUUGCCAGGGCAGCGCUGAAACAGAAAAAAAUUCUGGUCCUGGAGGAGGCUGUAACGAAUACAGAUUGGAGAGGCAGUGCUCUCAUACAACAGACAAUCAAGACUCUCUUCAAGCAUUGCACAGUAGUUACGCUGGCUCACAGACUACGCACAAUUAUUGACUAUGAUAGAGUUAUGGUAUUGGAGACAGGGAGAAUCAAUGAAUUUGACACACCCUACGAACUGUUACAGAACCAAAAUGGAGCAUUUUACAAAAUGAGUCUUGAGAGUGGAGAGGAUUUUAAAACAUUAUUACAGAUAGCACAGCACAAAUUUGAAAACAAACCAUACAGAUCUCCUUCCCUGGAGACCAUAUUGUCCACAGAGGUCAACAUGAACUUCUCAUCAGCCCCUGUAAGAAGCCCAAACAAUUUUCUACCAGCAUUUCAAACUCUUCGGCUAACACGAACGAUUAAUCAUCUUUCAACUGGCGGCAACAGAUUUUCAAUGACAGAUGAUUGAAAUGCCAAGAAGAAUGGGAAGUCUUUUUUUUUUCAAUGAAAGGCUUUGUGAUGUGUGGUUUUCUGACAUCACUGGUGACACAAGGAUUUUA